UCAAAAUUCCGAGAAAGAUGUCACUCAGAACGAAGAAUAUAAUAUGGUUACUAGAUUAGUGUUUGGAGUUUUCCUUCGAUUUUGUUUCAUGUCAGAAUACACGGAUUUCGUAAAUUACGACACAAUGAUGUCUAAAAUUAAGAAGGGUUACCUCAUGAAUUCUGUAAUGCUUAUUUUCUUGGCGUUCGCAUUUUUUUAUGGAAUCGGGAAUUUUAUUGCUCUCGGAUUGAAGGAUGACGAUUUUAAAAUUUUGGUUUUACAAGCUAUUUUCAGUGUUAUAGCUGCAAUUCAUCCAUUCGUGCAAGGAAUAAUUUAUUUGUUGCAAUCCCGAAGGAUGUUUACAUUAGUACAUAAGUAUAGGGAUACCUGCAAGAAUAUAUCUGGCAAUACUAGAGAAUUCUACAGAGUACAAACGCUCAGGCAACAUUUCCUUCAGAAUUUUAUAGCAAUUGAUACAGCGUGUGGUUUUAUUUAUCACUAUGUUAAUCGAACUAAUUGUUUCGAGGAUAAAGAUCCACGCCUUGUUUGUGGACUAUUUCUACCGUUAUGGUAUCCUUUUGUCACGAACUACUUUCCAGUCAGAGAGAUAAUUAUAUCCAUUGCCACGUUGUCAUUCGGUCAUUACUGUCUGUACAUGAUUCACGCUCCCAUCGACAUGUUUUUUAUGGCAGAGAUAUUUGAAUUUAAAGUGGAGCAGCUUAUACAACUGAUGCGGGAGACAUCUCUGAAUCGUAGCCAGAACAUCGAUGUCGUCAGAAGAAAUUUUCGGAGAAUAGUAGACUACCAUCAGGAUAUUCAUGAGUGUUACCUCAUGGUAAGGGAACUUGCAGCAGAUUUAUCAGCUUUAAUUUUAAUUGGUUAUGUCCCUUUUACGGCAGCUUUGAUGGUAUUCCUCAUCACGGAUUUCAAUAUUGCUCACUUGGAUGAAUUCUUUAUAAUAAUCACAAAUUUGUACAUGUGGUGUACCGCUAUGCAGAAAAUUUUUGAUAUGGGAGACAAACUCACUGAAGGAGCCUUUGAAAUGGAUUGGUAUGAAAUGGAUAACAGAAUGAGCAAAGACUUCGUUAUUUUUUUUAUGAAACUUCAUCAGCCUUUGAAAAUUAAAUCAUUGUUUUUUGAUUUGAAGAAACCGAUAUUAGUCUCGAUGAUGAAAACCAUGUAUUCCACUCUGAUGCUCAUUCUCAACACAAAUAACUAAUUUCAAAUCAACAAAAAAAAAGUCGCAACUACCAAUUACUGCAAUACCUACUCACAAAUUGAUACACCUAGUAAACUUUUGAUUUCAAGAAAUCUCAUCAGUUAGACAUUUACUUGACUGAAUGAAUUUAAAACAAUGAUAAAUUACAAGAAAUAUAAGUAAAUGAUAAAAUCGAACUGGCAGAAAUUGAGAAUUUAAUAUUGUCAAUUUUCGCGACUAUCAUUAUUUAUGUUGCUAUAUUAUUUUCUUGUAGCUCCAUGAGUUUUGAUUGGAUGAUCACUUAAUAUAAAUAAUGGUCUCCACAAUCACCUACAUUGCUUCAUGAUAUGGAACAUCGUUCUGCUUGGUUAUUCAACAAUAAAUAACAUU